CAUUAAACAUACAGUGUACCCAGAUUCUAUAGCUGGCAUUGAAGCCAAAUACAAUAACUGAAUUAGCGACGAGCUAAAGUUGCAUAGACUGUUGGAAAUAAGAACUUAUUGAUGAGCUGUUUAACAAAGUGUUGAAAUACUGACAAAAAUAUUGCCUCCAAUCAGUGCUAAAGUUUUUAUUUUUUUUAUUUUACAUGUUGUAAAUUUUGAUUUUUUUUUAAGGACAUAAAUUGAAUAUUAUCAACGGAGAGGAUUUUAUUGUUUAUUAUUCAGUCGAAACUUAGAUGGUUCUUACUGGAUGAUAGUGUUUGUACGAGAGCUGAGGAAAACGAAAAUGUAGCUUAGACAAUAAUUCUAUUCCAUUGUUGAUAGAAGUUAGCUAAAACAUCAUGUCAUCUACGAGUGACGUUUUUCUGGCCGUGAGUGCACAAGCACCGGAACCAAGCGGCAAAAGACAUAGUAUGCUCACACCAGUGAUUGAAGCAGAUGACGAGGCCGUAACAGACAGAAACCCUGCUGAUAAAGCGGAAAUAUCGCAUCCUGAAUUUGACAUAAGUUCGGAGGAAAAACAAAUAUUUUUGACGGAAAGCCAACAGUCGGAAUAUGUUGCAAGUAAAAAUGGCGGCAUGUCUAUUUCCGGUGAUGCACCGGAAGACGUCGUCGAUGGACCUGUCGUAAGUGAAAAAUUCAAUAGUGAUGGUGAAUAUUUUGAUGAAAUGUACUCUGACAGUAGUAGUGAAGAUUCGGACACACAAUCUAAAGAUGGAGAUUAUGAAACGGAUUUAGAAUUUGACGAAGAAAAAUGGCUUUACCCAGAACGGUUCGACAUUGACUUGACGGGUAAGGCAAAAUAUGUCAAAACUUGUGAAGACAUGGGUAUCAGUCCGACAACAUACUUCAUUAAACACAUUCAAGACAGGGAACUCAAAAUGAAAUUUCACGGCCUUGGUCCACAAAGAAUGAAGGCCUUAGCAGUUCCGUUACAGAUGAACACAAAUAUUGAGAUACUUAAUCUAGAAGGCAAUGCAAUAGACGAGGAUGGUGCAAUAUGUUUAACUAAAGUACUUCGAGAAAACUUCUUCAUAACUGAACUGGUGCUUGCAGAAAACAAUUUGAGAACUGAGGGAGGCAAAGCCAUUGGUGAAAUGUUGAUCAACAACAGAAAUCUGUAUAAAGUUGAUCUGACAAAUAACGACAUUGGAGAUGGCGCAUCAGCCACAUUCUGUGAAGUCUUAAACAAUAACAAACUGUUAAAGAUAAUGUUGCUUGGCAACAACAGUUUUGAGGACGAGGGUGCUCGAUUGUUUAAAUCUGCAAUAUCAGACAAUACAACGCUUGAAGUGCUCGAUUUAAGUUGGAACAAUUUCAAGAAUAGAGGUGCCAUUUUGCUCGCUGAAGCCCUACAGGAAAAUAUUGGUUUAAAAAGUUUCAAUAUGGCCAUGGAUGGACUAGGGAGAGAUGGGGCCGAGGCGAUAGCUAGGGCACUGCGAGAAAAUAGAACCCUUCUGGAACUAGAUAUCAGUCUUAACAGGAUUAACAUGGAGGGAGCAAUUGCCCUAGCUAGAGGGGUGAAGGAAAAUGACACACUAACGGUGCUGAAGUGCGGCUCCAACCCUUUUGAUUCUGAAGGUGCAAUGGAAAUUUUGGAAGCAGUUGACAUGAACGAUUCAAGUGAAUUGAAACUUCUUGAUUUCAGCAAUAUUAUGGUGAAAAUGAACUUUGCAAAGUUACAAUGUCGACUACAAGAUGAACGGGGCAUGAAAAUUAUCAAUGAAGGAGUCAUUCCGGAAUUUGCACGUACAAAUAGUGCGCGUCUUACAGCUUUCCGGGUAGAUCCGAUUGGAACGUUCAAGAAUAACGCGGAGCGAGCCGAUGUAGACCUUGGCGAACUGCUGGUUCCAUACUUGGACGAGGAGUAUUCUUUAGACAUAAAGGAGUUCAAAACCAUAAUAAAGAACACAAAGAUUGACUUGUCCUCCGAACAAAUAAAUAUUAUUGCUCUUCGCCUUUCACUUGAUGGAAGAGUCCAAUGCAGAACUUUAUUCGAUAUAAAUGAGGACGAAGGUGAUCGCAGUAGCGGAAACAGUAGGGUAGAAUCUCCAGCCAAUACUGACCGGUCUGACAAGUCAGAACGUAGGGGAUCAAGAACAAACAAUAAAAUGAUUCCACCAAAGUUCGUGAAAAACCACGUGGUCACUUAGUACAUAUUGUUGAUGAAACAUGAGCCUCAACCUUAUUACAGAAUUAUGAGGGAUGUCAGAGAAUGGUCGGUAUAUAGUGUCGUGUGACGGAUCAUUUGGUUGUUCUGCAUGGAAUAUGGUCCCCCAGAACAUCAAAUGCUUUGAAUCGAGGGGUCAUUUAGCUAUAAAUGAUGGAAAUGAACUCAGCAUAGCAAUAUACUGUCUUAUGAGUCCGAUAUUGUCUCCGCAGUCAGCGUAACCUCCAUGUUAACGACAAUUUAUGAUAUCUUCCAUUCCAUCAUUGCGCAUCAUUUCAAUUUAUUAAGUUUCAUACGGAAUAAAUAGAAUGUUGUACUUUAAAACUGAGGCAUUCAGCAGCUUUUUUUUCGGAAGCAGAACGAUAUGUGUCGAGAAAUUCAUCUUUAAAUAUUUCCGUUUGGAAUCGUGUCAUUUACAAAGAGAGUGCUUUCAACCAUAUUUUUGUAUCAGAACAGGAAAUAAAUAUUUCGUAAAAAUA